CUCACCCAACCCCUUUAGCUGUGAGGCACCGUGGCCUGUGUCGUGUAGGCGAGGUCUCCAUCCGCUCUGGGCUCUCAGUUUGCCGGCGUCGGUGGUGGGGGGGGAGUUUGGCAUCGCAUCGCGCCACCGUUGAGCCACAAGGCGGAGGCUGUGGGAUCUCAAGCGUCGGGGUUGGUUCGUCGUCUGCGUUAAGCGUCCUACUUGCUGAGCUGCUGGUAUGGAGAGGCCCAAACUGUUGCCGGUGCAUGGAGUCGCCAUGCUGGACUUCAUAGCGAGGGAGUGGAGCCUGGUGGAGUCGUUUAAAGCCAGGCCCGGAGACCUCCUGAUAGCAACUUACCCCAAGGCGGGUACGACGUGGAUCCAGGAGAUCGUGGAUCUGAUUCAGAGUGGAGUAGACGUGGAACACUGCAAACGUGGCCCCGUGUACGAGAGGAUCGUCUUCAUGGAGUGGACAGGCUUGAAUGUCAUGACGUCUCGCAAAGGAGUGGAGGUGCUGAAUGAUUUGCCGUCUCCUCGCACGAUCAAGACUCACCUGCCCUACCAGCUGGUGCCACCCUCAUUUUGGGACAACGAUUGCAAGGUGAUCUACAUCGCACGUAAUGCCAAGGACAACGCCGUAUCCAACUUCCACUUUGGACGAAUGAACAAGAUGGAGCCGGAGCCCGGAACCUGGGAGGAAUAUCUGCAUCGUUUCAUGACCGGCAAUGUGUGCUUCGGCCCGUGGUAUGAUCACGUGACCGGGUGGUGGAACGUGAGGGAGCAGCACCGGAUUCUCUACCUCUUCUACGAGGACAUGAAGGAAGACCCCAUGCGUGAGGUGUCCCGCAUCGCCGACUUCCUGGAGCGGCCACUGUCCGAGCAGCAGCUGCGUGAGGUGGUGAAGCUCAGCACCUUCACCAUGAUGCGCGACAACCCCAUGACGAACUACACCACCUUGCCCACCGAGUGCUUGGACCACUCCGUGUCACCCUUCAUGCGCAAGGGGGAGGUGGGUGACUGGAGGAAUCACUUCUCUGCUGCUCAGCUGGAGGCCUUUGAGCAGGACUACAAAGAGAAAAUGGCCGGCACUGACCUGCGCCUGAGGGACAGCCUGCCCUGAAGGCCCGCUUCUCUCCCUCUGCUCCUGACUGUAUCCAUUAUCUUAAUUGGCUUUAAGUAAUGAUAAUAAUACUAAUUUCACAAUAUAUAGCGUCAUUCAUGCUCAUUGCAUUCCAAAAUACUGUACAAUAAUUGUGUCCAGAAUUGCAUUUAGGGCUGAAUCCUCCAGGUAAUAAUAAUGUCGGGUUACCACUCUCUGAGUUACAAAAAAUUCGAGACAUAUCAUGGGGACGAAGGCAAUCUCACAAUUCCAGGAGCGGUGAGAAAUUCACGUCAAUACCUUUCUCGAGCUGCGCAAUAUACGUAAUAUGAAAUUGACUUGAAAGUAUAAUUGAUCAUCGAUUAUGCGGCGCACGAUUAUCCGGUUUCCAAUAUUACCUGGUGGUAUCGGGCCAAUUCGGCGAAACCGGUAAAACAGCUGCAAAGGCUGUACCAGUCCUGCGAUGGUCAAACAAAAUCAAAUUUUUGUUGAAACAAGAGCGUAGUACUACGUACAUCACCCCAUUCACAGUCUUCCAGAUUGGAGUGGUAAGGUACGGUAAACACAGUACAUUUUACAGUUGGAUAUUUUGGGUUACACUUGAAAAAAAUUGUAUUUUAUUUUAUUUGGUUUGUAUCUGAUUUAAUCUGAGAUUAGUUUUACCUGGCUUUCCUAUUCACUUUUGGUUCAUCUGGGUAUCAUCUGGAAUUGAUUCAUUUGUAUCUGGCAUGGUUGUAUCUGCUAUGUUACGGACUUAAGCACAAAGAGAUUGAAAUAAAUGUAACUUCACUCAA